UCAGACUGUGUAGAAAAAGCAUUCCAGUGAACACCCCACACUCCAGUUAAACGUGGAUUUGGGUUAAACAGUCUCUCCGGUGAGUGCAGGGUUAGAAUGAUGCUGCUGAUGCUGACUGAAGAUUAACUGGGUUGCGCGGCUGCUGGACCACACAUGUAAAAGAGGCGCUCGGAGAACUCUCGGAGAACUGACCCAGCGUUUGGAUCUACUUGUGCUGUAAUCUAUUAGAAUUAGUACUUACUUCAAAUCAUGGAUGAGGACAGCAAAGUACCUGAAGAUCUGUCCCUAGAAGAAAGAGAUGAACUGUCCAAUAUUCGACGAAGAAAGAAAGAACUACUUGAUGACAUUGAGCGUUUAAAGUUUGAAAUAGCUGAAGUGAUGACUGAGAUCGAUCAGUUAACAAGUUUGGGAGAGUGCAAAACCACUCAAAGGAAUAAACAGAUUGCUAUUGGAAGAAAGAAAUUCAAUAUGGAUCCUAAAAAGGGAAUCCAGUUUCUUUUGGACAAUGAACUUUUGCAACACACACCUGAAGACAUUGCACAGUUUUUAUUCAAAGGAGAGGGUUUAAAUAAAACAGUCAUUGGCAAUUAUUUAGGAGAAAGAGAUGAUUUCAACAUCAAAGUCCUGCAGGCUUUUGUGGAACUCCAUGAGUUUGCAGACCUCAGCCUGGUGCAGGCUUUACGGCAAUUUCUGUGGAGCUUCAGGCUUCCAGGUGAGGCUCAGAAAAUUGAUCGGAUGAUGGAAGCUUUUGCAUUGAGAUACUGCCAGUGCAAUCCCGGUGUCUUCCAGUCCACAGACACGUGCUACGUCCUGUCAUUCUCUAUUAUCAUGCUUAAUACCAGCCUGCACAACCCCAAUGUCAGAGACAAGCCCACUGCUGAGAGGUUUAUCUCAAUGAACCGUGGCAUCAAUGAAGGUGGUGAUCUACCUGAAGAUCUGCUCAGGAAUUUAUAUGAAAGCAUUAAAAAUGAACCCUUUAAAAUCCCUGAAGAUGAUGGCAACGACCUUACACACACAUUCUUCAAUCCAGAUAGAGAAGGAUGGCUGCUGAAGCUGGGAGGAAAAGUAAAAACAUGGAAAAGAAGAUGGUUUAUUCUUACAGAUAACUGCUUGUACUACUUUGAAUAUACAACUGACAAAGAACCUCGAGGGAUCAUUCCACUGGAAAAUCUCAGCAUAAGAGAGGUGGAUGAGCCAAGGAAACCAAACUGCUUUGAGCUCUAUAACCCAGGUCAUAAAGGCCAGCUAAUCAAGGCAUGUAAGACCGAGGCGGACGGCAGGGUUGUGGAGGGGAACCAUGUGGUGUACAGAAUAUCGGCUCCUACAUCAGAAGAGAAAGAUGAGUGGAUCAAAUCCAUUAAGGCCAGCAUCAGCAAGGACCCUUUCUAUGAGAUGCUGGCGAGCAGGAAGCGCCGGGUGGCCACCAAGAAGUGAGAGCUGGGUAACCUUUGCUAAAGCAGGAAUCUGUCUGCUCAUCCAGCAUGGAGAACCUCAAACCUUCUACAAAUCUGAAGUGUGUUUGCAACAGGAAACAAAAGAUUCACUCUCAGAAUUUAAACACUCCAUGUUUGAUGCUUACCUUGAUGGGAUUAUCUGCAGAUACGAUGGAGAAAUGGGCAUGGACAACAUCUGCUUGUGUGCUUUUUAGACUGUAGUUUGGGAUAGACAGUAACUGUAGGUUAGUUUAUCACCCCACAACUCUAAAAAUUAAAGACGUCGAUUCUGUUGAGAACAGUCAGUACCACACUGCCCUUUAUUGGCCAACUGCAGCAGCAACGCCACCAUUACACAGUGGUAUUAUUUGGAUGUUUACACACACUGGUUUCAUUUCAGUUCAUGUUCGUUACUUAGAAGGCUUAUUUAUGGAGAUGAUGUACGUGUAAAAGGACCAUUGCUCCCCAACAGCACCCACUCAUACUGGCAAGAACAGCACUGGUUCAUUGGUACUAGAAGGACUUUGCAGCUGCUGUUGGUGUAACAUGUAAACAAUGUAAACAAUGUAAAUUCCUGAAGGACCCAACAGUAAACUGUUAAAAUUUACUGUAAAUUGUUGUUACUUUUUUGCUCAGCGUGAACAAAAUCAGCAGGACUGGUUAUGCAGAUAUAAUGUAAUUUUAAAAAUGACUAACUUUAAAAAUCAACAUGCUCAACUGGUUUUUCUUUAACAUUUCACAUUUGGUGGUUAUUGUUCAUUAAUUAAUGAUGCACACGCUGCUACACUGAAUAGGUUUUGAAGGGGACAACGUAUAACCAAACAAAGUGUUUUCUCUGUCCCUUUUACCUUUAAGACUUUUUAUUGUAAAUUAUUUAUAGUUAAUUAUUCUACUUAUUAAAACUGUUUUACAACUUG